GCCUUCUACAGAAACAAACAACAAUCAAAGCAGUUACCAUGCAUUUUUCGGCUCAGAUAUUUGUAUUUAUUAAAUCUGAUUAUUUAUCAUAUAAAAUAUUUUACGAUUAAGGCGUUUAUGCUAUAUAUAAAAGGUUAAAAAAAAAAAAAUUCAUGCGCCUGUUCCAAAAAAAUUGCGUACAGGUCACGUGAGAACAAAAUGGCGAAUCACAAUGACUGAACUCCUAACACACAUUCCUUAGAAUUAGUUGCCAAUUUUGUGGUUAUAAUGUGACAGUGUUGUGUGAAUAAGCUUCUAACAAAACACAAUAGAAAUAAGAGAUGGAAGAAACGUCUAAGGACUCAAUAAUGAGUACCUACAAAGAUACCUGGUACGUGAAGUUACUGCACGGAUUUCCUCACUUGGACUUUUCCUUCCAAGAGACGAACUCAACUUUUGAACCAGAAAAGUCCAAUUAUCAAGAGUCCCUUUUAUUAUGGGCGGCAGCACCUGUGGCUUUCAUUCUGCUGGUCCUGUUCAUGGCCUCUUGCUGUCUAUGUAUCCAGUGUGUAAAGAAGAAACCACAGAAGGCACCUAAAACCACCUGUCUCAGGAUCCUGGUGGCCAUUUUCAUCAUCUUCUCCAUAGGGGCGGUGUCUGUGGGAUUCUUUGGCAAUGAACAGACCAGUAAAGGAUCAAAGGAAUUCUUCGAUGCUCUGGAUGAUACAAACCAAACCAUGGGAGAUAUCUCAUCCACUUUGGAUACACUUGUUGAUGUGGUGGAUGAAAUUGAUGGACGUAAUGGUGUGCAAGCUUUGAAGACAGUGCUGAAAAAAUUUGGGGACAUCACAGCCAACAAAACUCUCUUGCCAUUCUUGAACAAAAUAGAUGAGCAUGCCAAAAAAACCAGGAAUGACAUUGACAAUGUAAAGUCGAAUGUGCCAGGUCUUCUUCUACAGAAGUUUUCCAAAGAGGCUGUAGAUGUAGAAUUCAUAAGGUGGAUUGUCACUAUUGUAUUGUUGUGCUUUUCUGCAUUCAUACUCCUAACAACGAGCCUGGGUUGUUACAAAAAGUCAAGAUGUCUUCUCAUGACGUCUGUCAUUCUGGGCUUCUUUGGUCUGUUGCUCGUGUGGGCUGGGAGCGGAGCCUAUCUUGGAAUUUCUGUGGGUAUGUCAGACUUGUGUUAUGAUCCCAAUGGUUUCGUAGAAUCUCUCGGGGAAAACAAAGCACAAAGAGAAGUGAUCAAGGAGUAUGCCACCUGUCAAGUUAACAAAGACACUCCAGAAAUAUUUAGAAAGGAAAUUGAUGAUGCUGUCAAAGAAGUGUCCCAAGCUAAUUCAACACUGGAUACAUUCAUUAACGAGAGUGCCAGGUUUAUCCCUAUGCCACAGUUUGAAAAACCUGUCCAUUACUUGAGGGUACAAUUGGACUAUGCUCUGGGGAAUGUGACGUCGCUUGGAGAAUUGCUGAACUGCAGGACUCUGCACAAGGACUACAAGUCAGCUGUGGAGGGAGUCUGUGAGACAGCGCUAGUGGGCAUCGCCCUGCUGUUGUUGAUGUUACCAUUUGCUGGGAUAUGUAUGAUCGUAGUCCAGUGUUUGCUUCCUAGAGUCUGGUAUCUCGCAGGAAAAAGGAGAGGGUACCGCCCGGUGGAUGACUCGGAUCCGUUUUGUCACCGCCCUCCCCCGUAUAAUGAUUAUGGCACUAUCGAAGGUGGAGGAGCCCGAGGGAGUUGCACAUUAGAGUACUACAGAGACCUACGCAGGAGUGCUGAUGAACUGCAGUCAGAAGAGAGAGUUCCCAUGAAUGAUUCCCCACCUCCUGCAGCCAAUAUUUACAUCUACCACCCUGGAAGAUUUCCACCCAGACACGACAUUAAUUAACCUUCACAUGACCUUAACUAUGUUAUCCAAAAAGAAUGUGGACUAAAAUAAAGGGAGAAGUUUUUUUCCCCCAGUUUGACUGUAGAUUAUUUUGUAUAUAAAUACUCAUGUUUUGUUGCUUAUUAAUGGUGCGUUGAAAAUGAUUGUAGUAUUCUGAAAUCUGGCACACACGAAAUAAAGAAUGGAAGGUUUUUUUGUAUAAUAAGGACAAGUUUGUCUCUGUGACAACGAAUCUCGGUCCUCAUAGUGUUUAAUGUAAGCAGGUGUGCUUGGAUGAUACGAAAUUCUUUUGCUUUACUUGUUUUGUUUCUCCUGUCUCUGCAAGACUUGCACCACUUGCAUAUGAAGUUUGUUAGUGAUUUCUUCAGCAUGUCUACUUAUUGAUGAUUGUGUUUUUCCAAUGUUAUACAAAUCUGAUCCUUUUUCUUUCCACUGUCUCCUCCAAUCAGAUCACACCAGUCUCUUUCAUCAGAGAAAAUUAGCAGGAGCUUAAGGAAUAUUUUUAUUUGUUGUUACUUUUUCAUACCUUUUUCUGUUUGUACGAAUAUUAUUUUUUGCCACUGUCAAACAGUUGUAACCAUUUUCCAAUACAUGAUGUAAAUAGAUCUUGUUAUGUAGAAAAAAAUGCAUUAGUUUUCAUUUAUUUUUUGGUCAAAUUAUUGCUCAUUUCAUGCAUAUAAAGGGUUGUCAUUGUAAAAUGUGAAAUAUGAUAUUGCAAAUGUUUUGAAUAUUUUUUUUUGAUGUUACCAUAAUGCAAGUACAUGUAUAUUUGUGAAACCUUAAACUGUUACUGAAUUUUGUUAACCAUUCACUUCUUCUGUUGAGAGUACUUUUGGUUUAUGAAAAGCUGGUCUAGUUGCCAAAUAUGCGUGUAUGCAAGUUUAUUGAUUGUUCAAGUCAUGCUCUCGGAACACAAUCUGAUUCAAAAGUUUCAUUUAUUUAAGGAAUGAUUUCAGUUGUGAGACGCCUACACAUACAUAAUGCAACCAUUGGGGAUUCCAUACCAUUUCAUUUUGUGCAAUCCAGUACGCAUAAUAAAAUCAGUAAUAGAAUUGCAGUGUUUAAAUACUCACAGUGGAUAAACAUUUUCCUCAAUGGAUGUUAAGAUUCUUUUAGGUAAAUUUUUGAUUAUUAUGUCUGCCCACCUAAGUGUCGCCAUGAUUUUUCUUGUUCUGCUUCUCUUACAUAAUCUCGUACCCAAGAGUGCCAAACUGGCAUAGUGUAAGCCACAAGUAUAGUGCUAGGUGCGCAUAUACCAGGAUCCUAUACUGAAGGACAUUAGUGGUGGAUCAUCAUCUUGGCAUUGUUUCAUGUUGUCAAAUUCAAAGCUCCAUUUUUAAAGAAAAAGAAAACAAGGGUAGCACUCCAACAAAAAUGAAUCCUACUGUGUGAUCAAAUAAUUUGUAUUCAUCAAAGGACUCGAAAGAUUUUCAAAGGAUUGCACAUAUGGAGGAUAUAACUCCCUUUUACAAACAUAAGAAUCACAGAAAUCCAUGUUAUCUAACAUUUGAUAUUUCCCUGGUUAAUUAUACAAUAUGACCUGGUGUACACUUUAUCUAGUCAUUUUUUCACCCAUGGUAAUAACAAAUCAGCAUUCAUUACAAUGUACUUGUAUAUGCAUUCACUCAUCUCUACAUACAAUGUAACCCACAACAGUGUAAAUCAUGCAAUGCCGAUGUUGCUCAGUCUGCACAUGCAUUUUGGCACCAGACUUGGAAUGUUAGAAUUGUGUAUUAAAUGUUUCGCGAUUCAAUAUAUUUCUGAUGUUUUCCAAGCAGAGCAAAUUCUAUGGUGCUGUAGAUCCAAGAAUGGUGUAAAAGAUUUUAUACACAAGAAUAUUUUGUCAGAGCAGACAAUAUAGAGAAAACUAAAAAAAAUAGUGUUAUCUGCAAUUCUUGUGUAAUGCCACCUGUAUAAAAGAUCUACAGAACCAGUAGUGUCUGGUUUAACCAAUUAUUAAGUAUCGAAAGCUGUUUUGAAAAGCUCCGUUUUAUAUUAAUAUCCUAACACACUCGUAUUAAAAUCCUUUAUCCUCUAUGACUUGUUAUUAAAUUUAAUAAGCUAUAUAUUUGAAUUAUUUUUGGUGUUUAUGUUCGAUUUUUUGUAUGCUGAUGGUUUGUGCUGUUAAUUGUUGGUGAAUGCUGACAAUCGGACAAAAUGUUGAUCUAGGUUGAUGUUAUAGUUUAUGUAGAGUACAAGAAACUAGGUUUUUGAAACUUAUUUUUGUAUCGAAUUUGUUAACUUAUGAAACCAUUAGAAAUUUAUUUGUACAAAUUCUGUGUCAGAAUGGUUGUGUAUUUCACAUAUAGAUGGUUUUUGCUACAGAUUUUUGUAAAUGAGUCACUUUAUACCUAUAAUUUUAAGGGCAGUUCUGAGAAUUGCAUCUCCCUUUAGUUUGGAGUAAAUAGCAGGGUUUUUUUUUCUGUUAGUCAAAUUUAUAUACACUGAACUUGUACAUCAAUUGCAAUUCAUAAUGUCAAGUCUGUAAUAUAUAUUAAAUUCUCACUUAAGGAUCUGUUAAAUAAGUUUAUGUCUUAUCAUCAGCCAUAACGAUUGUCUUCCAAGAGGUAAUUAAAGUGAUGGUUGUGAAAAAUAUUAUGCAGUGGUUUUUGAUGGAUAUUUAAGUUCUAAUUAACAACACUUGGUGACUGUAAUGAGUAAAACAUAUUCUAAAUAUGAGUUAUCGAAAGUUUUUACUAAUUAUGAUGGCGUACUAAAUAAAAUAAACAAUAUGAAACCAAA